UAUGAUGAUACUGCAUAGUGAUAAGAAUAGUUUUCAUACAUUGAACAAUAAUUAAUCAACAUUAAUCAAUAAUCUCAUAAAAUCUUAAACAAUUACCUUUUUUCCUAUUAUUAUUACUUAAUACCAAUUGAAGUAACAUGGAAGUGUAAGUAUAAAUGAAACUGGCAUUUUAAUUAUGCUUAAUAUUAUUAAUAUUGUGUCUGACUUGUUUUGUUUUUUCUUCUUAACAGGAAAAAUUCACAAGUUGCUGUACUCUGCAAUAACGAAGUAAGAUUAUUGAUGAAAUAUUUCGUUCUCGCCGUUUAAAAAUUAUUAUAUUGUUUUAUUUUAUUAAUAUUAUUAUUUAUUGUAUUGUAAACUGUUUAUGACACUUUCGUACAUAAAUAGGUAUAAAAUAAGACAUUUAAACAUAUUUUUAUCACUUGGUCACUUUUUGCAUGGUAAAUUGUAAAUUUGUACAUUAUUUUAUUGAAAGUAGAGGGCAGUUUUAUUGUUCCACAAUUUAUUGUCAAAGAAAUACUUAGAUUAGUAUCAAUUUAUAUUAGUUAUUUGGUAUUUAUUUAAACAAUAAAUUAAGAAUUUUCUCCUAUUCAAUUAAAUUAAAUUUUUUUUUAAAUAGACAUAAAUACUUUACAGAGGACUUUUCUCAAAUUGGAAAAAACUACAAUUAUUUUACUAUUUUUAUGUAAGUUUAUCUACUCAAUUUUAAUAAUAUUAUCUGUUGUAGACUUUCUUAAAUGAAUACCAUAUUGAUGAAGAGACAAUAAAAAAAAUCAAAAAUCAGAUUUUUAUGUAUUUUUCAAAAGUUGUUGCGAUUGAUAAAGAAAUAGGCUUACUUAUAGUUUCCAAAAGAAAAAUUGACUACCCAAGACCGCAUUUAGAAGGGGGUGGGACAUUUUUUUAUUAUUUUCGAUAUUUUAAUCCUCUCAUAGUUCUUUUUACUAAUUUCCCUUAUUUAAUAUUUUGUAAUAAAAUGUUUAAUAUUAUCAUUGUCGCUGUUUUUAAAUCCAUUAUCGAGAUUUAAGUUGAUGAAUGUGCAUACAUUCAGAGUGAUAUUAAAUAUUUUAAAGAUAAAGUUAAAAACAAAUUCAGAUUUAUAAAUAAUGAUAAAAUAGUCCAAAGGUUUACAAACCAUUUAUCCAUAUAUUGUCACUGAAUACAAAAUGUUUUUGUGUACACCGGCAACCAAUUAUUCUUCGAAAAAAUAUUUUUAACACUAAUAAAUUAAAUAGGAUAAAAACUUUUCCUAUGUUGAUAAUGAACAUUGAUCUCCUAAAUGCUUAAGCUAUAUUAAACAUUGAAAGUAUUUUUAAUAUAAAAUACAAAUGAUCAUUAAAAUAUGUACAUUUUUAUUUAUGUACCUACCCAUUACUUAUGUGUAUAGCAUGAGUAAUGCAGAUAAAUAAUUAUUAGUUAAUUUGAUAGAGAAAAACAAUUUAAUUUUUUGAAUAAUAUUAAACUAGGGAGGAUAAAGUUAAUAAUUAAGUGAUUAUAAGUAGGUAUGUAUUAACUAUUAUCCUAAAUAUAAAAUAGAGUUUGAAUUUAUGACGCCGAUAAAAUAUAAAUCUAUAUUAUGAGUAUUAUUGUAUGUUGUUAUUAUUGCAGGUUUGUACAACAAUUUAUAAUAUAGCUGAGGUUUAUCAAUGUAAAUUGUAUUUUAAUUUUUGUUUUUCUGAUCAAUGGUGUAAUUAUUUUUAAGAAAAAUAAAGUUAAUUCUAUUACAAUAAUUGUCAAGUACUUUUUUGUACCUAUUUCACUGUGUAUUUUAUGUAUUUUUUAAACCCACUUUGUGAAACGAGAUUAAUUGGAUAUUCAAAUUUUGGUUUUAAUAAUAUAAAAGUACUAAACAAAGUUUUUUACCAUCAAGUUUCCUGACUGACUGUAAAAAUAAUUUAUAGAAACUAAAAUAUGCCUUAAAUGGUUGUCAUCACAUUCAUUACAUCAUGAAUAUUUACAUACAUGAACAUCUCUUCCUUGGAUUUUAUAAGUUCAAGGAUAGAUUUAUUAUUAGUGUGCUAUUUAGAAAUGAAAUAAUUUGUUAUGUCUGUACUAAAAAAAAUCUAUUGUUUUAUUAGGUUUUAGGAUUACUUAAAAGAACUCAAGAAAAUUACAAACUUAUUGGAACAAUAAACCACUCAACAAUUUUAUAUGAAGUAUAUUAAAAGCAUAUUUUUAGUUUUUAGCUAAUAUUUUUCAUUUAUUUUAUUAUUUAUUUCAGGUAAACAAAUAUUUAGAGCAAAGGCCGUGUGCAUCUCAAAAUGCAGAUAAAAUAAAGAAAUACUUAAUUAAGUUAAAACAUAUGCCUAUUAAUUUAACAAAAAAAGAAAAACUGAUGUUGGUCAAUGAUCCGCCAGACUCUGUUUUACAGUUAUCCUUGGUAUACAUUUAAAUAGUUAUUAAUUAUUACUGACUAAACUUGUAACAACUACAAUUUUUUCUAAUUUCAAAAUAAUGCACUGCUUACGUUCAGUUCUAAAGCGAUUAUAAAAUGUUUGCAAUACUCUCAAAACGGUGACUUACUUAAGGCGAAAAGUAUGUUUCCCUUUUGAAAACUUGCAUUUAAUCAUUAGUAGUAAUUUAACUAUUUUUGUAUUCAAGUUCUGUUAUAUAUUUAAAUAUCAUUUUGAAUUUAAAUUAAAUUCUGUAAUAUUUAUUACUACUAUAUUAAUACUUUUAAAAUAUUAAUGAACAUAAAAAUAAUAAUACAAACUUUGUAGAUCGUAGAUAAUACAAUGAUUAUUUUACCACCUCUAUUACAUUACAUGCUAAUCAAAUAUAGCUUUUCUUGUAAACUUGUGAAUAGGGUUUAAAACAUCUUGUAUUUACAAGUCUUUUGAUAAGAUUGUUUUUACUGUGCUAUAAUUUGAUUUCCAAUAACAACCAUUAAUUUUAUAACUAAAAUAACACAAAGGUUAAUAUUUUAUUUUAUCUGUAUUUAGAGAUGUUUAAAAUUAAUAAUUUAUUGAAUAUCUUAAACGUAAAAAGUAUACUACUAAAAUUAUUAUUACGAAUCUAACUAAAAAAGUUUAUAAAACACCAAUUUCUUUUAUUUCAACGUCUUUUAUUCGUAUUUUUGUAUUAAUUAUUUUUUCUAGGGUAUCAAAGACUUUUAUGAACGACUCAGUGAACCAGAAACUGAUAUGUUAUUAAAUGCUUCAAAGGAAUUUGCUGAACAAACAGAGAAUGCAAAAAUAUCAGAAGAUGAAGAGGACGAAUAAAAGCUAUUUUAUAAUUUCUUGGCUGAAAUUUAAGACUGAAAUUGAUAAUUAAAUAUUUUACUAAUAAAUACAUAAUAUGUUCUAUAUCAUUGUAAAAUUAUUGUAUACUAACAUACUUAUAUGCGUAAAUACUAACAUAGUAAAGAUAUGAUAUUUUAUUUAAAUCAUUUGUUUUUUAUAUAAACGUAACAAUAAGUUUUAUGAAAAAACAGAAACUAAAGUGGUUUGGUUGUGUAAAACGAUAUGAUGUUUAAGCUAUAGUAACUAUUGGAUGGCAGCCAGAAAGAAAGAGAUCAAGAGAGGCCAAUGAAACAAUGAAUGAAUGACAUAUGACAAGACUUAAAGAAAAUGAUCCAGAACUGUGGAAGUUGGUGAACACUAAUAGUGGCGACUAAAACUCUUACAGAGUUAUGAAGCUAUAUGAUUAAGAUAAGCUGU